UGAGCAGACAUACACUUUAGUUCACCUUUUCAUAGAGAUGAAAGUGUCCAAUCAUAAGUUGUGUUCUCACAUAACCCAAGUCUGUGUUGCCUGUAGUCUAAAUGUGUCCCCCUUUUACCCUGUUUUGGAGAAGAAGAGACCAUGGAGGCUCUUACAGCUGAAUACGAGGAGGAGGUGGAAGAUGAGGAGGAAGAGGAGGAGAGUGCAGCCGAGUCCGAAGCAGCUCUUGAUGAGCAGCAGUGGAGCGGGGAAGAGCCUGAGCUGGACAGCCCCCAAGCUGAGCCUUUAGAGCAGGCAGAGGCCAUAGACGAGGCCCAGGAUCUAGACCUGGAGCCGGGAGAAGCAGCUAGUGCUGCUACAGACAGUUCUGUGGACAGAGAUGAGGAGGAAGCAGGGGGGUGGGAGAGCCCUGAGACAGCUUUAAAGAUGGACUCAGACAAGCAGGGAAGCGAGAAAAGUGGUUCCAUGAGCCCGGACAGCAUUGGGUCGGAGAAACGUCCAGAGGAGUCUUUUGAGCCCCAGAUGCAAGGGUUCUUUGCUGGGGAACGAGUUGUACCAGAGAGUCCCACCAUGGAUAUGCCAUCCUUUGUACCUCCAAAUGUUCAAAACCAAGCCAAAGAAUCUGCCAGCUCACUCACACUUCAGCCUACAUAUGGCGAGCCAAUCACAGUGUCAGAGAAACAGCCAUCAGUGGAAGUGGUGGAGAUCAUCAGCAUCGGUGCUUCCUCAGAUUUCUCAUCACUGGGAGACAAAAGUCAGGUAGAAGUCUCAACGAGGGACUCUGCAGACAGAUCUGGCAUGUCAGCAUAUUUUGAAACAUCAACUGUGGAGGUUGAGGAGUCUUCCCAAUGUAAGGCAGAGGGUUAUUACGAACUGAGCAGAUCUGGUGAAGAGAAGAGUGCAGUUGACGACAGGCCCCCGGAGAUCAGCUACAGCACACUAGCUGAAGCUCAGGAUAAACCGGAAACUAAGGAAAGUACAUCAGAAGACAGUAGAUUGUUCAUAGUUCCCGACAAGAGUAAUGAAUGCAGGCUUUCCCCUGGUAAACUGGCCUUAGAGCAGAGGAGUUACUCACUUAACAUUACCAUUGGAGCAACUGAUCCGAGCGGCCGGGGCAAACCUAGGAACUUCUCUCCACUGGCCACAGAUAUCAUGUCCUACACUAGUGGAAGUCUAGAUGAGGCAGCAGACUACCUCCCAGUCACUACACCCUCUGUGGAUAAGCCUCCACCCUUGCCUCCACUGAUAUUGGAAACUGCGGCUUCCAUCACUUCAGAUUCUUCAUCUCCUCCAAGGACCACAGAACCAGUUUCAGUACCCAGCCCUGAACUGGAGUCCCCAGAAUCACCACAGUCCCUUAAGAGCAACUUUAAAAAUGGCGCUGUCAUGUCGCAAGACUUGCCUGAGAUGCUGGAUCUCGCUGGUACCCGUUCCCGGCUGGCAUCAGAAAACACUGAACCAGAUAUCACCAGGAGAAAGUCAAUUCAAGCUGAUUUUCAAGCCUUUGCAGAUGAUCCACUAGCAAGCAUGGUUUCAGGAGAACUAAGUCCUAGUGCCAGAAAGAGUGAAAGCCAGCUAGAAGAAAUGGGCUAUUGUGUGUUCAGUGAAUACUCAGGUCCAAUGCCAUCACCUGCAGAUAUGUUCGGCCCUACAAGCGUUUCUGCACAGGCUUUCACCCACUCUGACCUUGAGGAAAAAGUGGCUGCGCAAGCUAGGAAGUUAGCAGUCAGAGACACGUCUAUGGAGGACAUAGGGAUGGCUGAUGUCACUAAAGAGAAAGACCACAAGCAAGUAGAAAGAAAACAUUCUGCUGAAGAAAAGGGAAAAGAGGUUGCAGAUGAACAAUCCAAACAAUAUGUAAGCGACACACCACCGGCUCAGCCAAGUGAGUCCUUUGUGACACCAACAGUCACUGUUACUUUAGAAGAAGGCGGGAGGGCGGGGAGUGAGACCGGACGACAAGCCAGUGGCGAGGGCUCAGCCUCAGAAACCGAGAUUGCAGACUAUGAGAGGCAGAUACGUAAAUUAGAAAUGGAGGACAGGCCCCUUAGUAUGGAGGAGGAAAGGGAACUGCAGGAACUUCGAGAGAAAGUAAAGCUGGUCCACCAGGAAGCCUAUGAGGAAGUGGAUGCAGAAGAUGUGUACCAGCUGACUGGCGUGGCAAAGGACCGGAUUGCUAGGCCUGUAAAAACAUCACCUGCUUCGUCUGUUGAUAGCAACAUUGAUGAUGACAAGCUGCUCUCUCCAGUGCUUUCACCAUCAAAACUUAAACAGAGAGAAGUGUAUGGGUCCCCUAAAAGAACGGCUUCACCUGUGUUAGGAAUAAACAAAGAGAAAGAGGAGUCAGAAAGAAAAACGAGGCAAGAGCAAGAAAAGGAAGCUGCGGAGAAGAAAAUGAAAGAAGAGAAAGAUGAAGCAGAUAGGAUAAUCAGGGAAGAGGCUGAAAGGAAAGAGAAGGAAAUUAAAGAGAGAGAAGAAAGGGAAAGGAAAGACAAAGAAGAGGCAGAGAGGAUACUGAGGGAAGAAAAAGAAAGGAAGGAGAAAGAACAGAGAGAAGAGAGGAAAAAGAUGGAGGAAGAGAGACAAAGGAAAGAGAAAGAGGAGAGAGAGAAAAAAGAAAUAAUGGAGAAGGAAUUGAAAGACAAGAUAGAGAAGGAAAAGAUAGAGAAGGAACUGAAAGAGAAGGAACUUAAAGAAAGGGAAUUGAAAGACAAGAUAGAGAAGGAAUUGAAAGAGAAGGAAGAGAAGGAAAAGAUAGAGAAGGAACUUAAAGGGAAGGAAGAGAAGGAAAAGAUAGAGGAGGAACUUAAAGAAAGGGAAGAAAAAGAAAAGAUAGGGAAGGAACUGAAAGAGAAGGAAGAGAAGGAAAAGAUAGAGAAGGAACUGAGAGAGAAGGAAGAGAAGGAAAAGAUAGAGAAGGAACUGAAAGAGAAGGAAGAGAAAGAGAAUAAAGAAAAGGAACUGAAAGACAAGGAAGAGAGAGAGAAAAUGGUAGCAAUGGACACGCCUGAUGAUAUAUCAAGACAACCAGAGGUGCAAGCAGCCAAGCAGAAUGUGGCAGUAGAAGCAGUGGAUGCUAAAAAGGGGCACAAGGAAGAGGAAAUAGAGAAAGUAGCCGCAGGAUCAGCAGUGGCAAAGGAGAUCCCAGAGACUCGUGCUGCCAUCGAAUCAGUGGUCACAGUUGAAGAUGAUUUCAUCACUGUGGUCCAGACCAUCGACGAAGCAGAUGAGCCGGGACACAACGUUCGUUUCUCUGGUCCACCUGAAACAGGAGCCUCAGAGGAAGAGGAAGAGUCUGUGGAGUUGGCCCAAGAAGCUGACCUGGAGGCGGCAAGUCUAGAGGAAGUAGUAGAUGUUCCUGAGACCCCUGCCUUCCCUCUGAAAGAGGCUCAAAGCAUUGACACCGAUGGACCCACAGAAAGUUAUGAUAGAGAUGAAACCACAAUUGACGACUCCAUCUUGGACAGCUCCUGGAUUGACACACAAGAUGAUGAUGAUAAGAGUAUGGCGACAGAACAGUUUGAGCCUUUGCCUAAGUCAAGUGCAGACAAAAAGGAGAAGCAGACACAACAGAAAAAGGCGGAGAAACAGCCGGUCAAACCAAAGGCCGGACGGGCUAAAGGCCGAAUCUCUACACCAGAACGCAAGCUUGUCCGCAAAGAACAUAUCUUCGUGCCGAGAGAAGACAACAAGAAGAAAAAAGCUGUGAUAAGGACCGAGUUUACAAAAAAAAUGCAGACACACAGUCAAUCGCCAUCCAAGAGAAAUGUGAUGAAACCAGCCGCCCGCCAGACCCAGCAUCACUCCUGUCCAAGAAGGAGACCCACAGAGGCGCUACCAGACAGUCAUCAGCCUCUGAGUGUUGCCAGACAGUCUCGCAACAGAGCAUCGGACGGUGGGUCAUGGAGCCCUAAAAAGAGGUCCUCUGUGCCGCGGCAUGCCCCCAUUCUGAGUCACCGUGCACACCUUGAACACGAGGAGAGCUCCACCUCCAUCACCAGCUCCGGCUCCUUGGCUCCUCGCAGACCCACAUCGUUUCAAACCGAGAUGAGGGCGGAGCACAGGACAGGACGAGCCCCUAGCAUGACAGAUUCAGUGCGCUCCCGAUCAGCUCGCAGUGGCCACUCCACCCCUCGCACCCCCGGCUCCACAGCCAUCACCCCAGGAACCCCUCCCAGCUACUCAUCGUCCUCAAGGACCCCGCGCUCCCUCAGCCUGAUUUCCGGGGAGAGGAAGGUUGCCGUGGUCCGCACCCCACCCAAGUCCCCUGCCACCACGCCCAAACAGCUCCGCAUCAUCAACCAGCCUGUGCCUGACUUCAAGAACAUCAAGUCCAAGGUUGGCUCCACAGAGAACAUCAAGUACCAGCCCAAAGGAGGACAGGUGAUGAUACAGAACAAGAAGAUAGAUCUGAGCCACGUGACCUCCAAGUGUGGCUCACUAGACAACAUCCAUCAUCGGCCAGGGGGCGGUCAUGUGCGUAUAGAGACAGUGAAGUUGGACUUCAAAGACAAAGCCCAAUCCAAGGUGGGUUCCCUGGAUAAUACUCAACACACUCCUGGUGGAACCCGUCUCCCGAUUGAGAGCCAGAAGCUGAUGUUUCGCGACCAAGCCAAGGCCAGGGUGGACCACGGUGCUGACAUCGUGGUCCGGUCGCCGGACCUGUCGGGCGUGGUGUCCCCGCAGCGCCCCCGGGACAGCCAGCUCUCGUCCUCUGGCAGCCUCAACGUGCUGGAGUCUCCGCAGUUAGCCACGCUGGCUGAGGACGUCACUGCGGCUCUGGCCAAGCAGGGUCUGUGAACACUGGGUCUCUGGAUCCCUGCUCUGCAACCCGGGCAUCUCCAUCACGAUCCCUAGAAACUUUUCUGCCCACUCCUGCCACCCUGAAGCCAACUUCAGCUAAACGACAGCCUCUAAACAUCUCAACUUCAACAUCCAUCACUCAACUUUAAGUAGAGACUCGAAUUAGGAGCUUCUGUACUUUGGUCUUCUUUAUUUCACAAAUAUUUGCUGUUUCUGAUUCAUUAGGUUGGCCUCUCUCUUUUUGAAUGAUGUUGCAUAGAAUAGUUCAGUCUGAGCACUGGUCCUACAUUAAGUGGGCGGACCAGGUCUUUUGCUUUACUGGUCCUGGAUCAGUGUUUUUAAGAAGCUACAGCCUUUUUUUUCUACAUUAAAUAAGAAGUAAUGUGGCCAGCACACCAUGCAGCACGCGUCGUUCUCGCUCAGUUCACGUGCAUGGACGCCAAACCCCCUAACAAGCCAAGCAUCCUUACUGCAAGUCAUUCUUGUCCACCAAUAUAUAUAUAAUAUUUAACAAAUAUAUAUAGAAAAAUGUAUAAAAAUCAAAGGUCUUUGCCAUCCACCUGUCCUAAAACAUUUGAAAAGGAAGUGACAAUAUGGCUAUAAAAUGAACCUGUAAAAUCGCAUUACUGCAAGAACUAGGUCAUGUUAUGACAAGCAUGUAUUGAUUCUAAUAUGAAAAGAGGCUAUUUUGUAACCAAAAAAAUGAUUUUAGUAAGUUAUUUGCUCAAUUAUUGGAUAAAGAUUAAACAAGUUCAUGUUUUGUAGUUAUUAGUUGUUUACGGUGUAAUGCUUGGUGACGAUGUUGGACAGCUGGUUUGGUGUUACUGAGGAAUACAUCUCAGUCCUGUUGAACAGCAUCACACACUUGUACCUGCUCAGUAGUUAAAUAUAGGUGCCUGUUUAUACAUCAGAAUAUUGCUAAACUCUGGAGCUUAAUCCGCUUUCGACAGCUAAAAUGAUUAGCUGCAGAUGUUGAGCUUGCGUGAAUGAACAGUACAGACAUUUAUACGCAGGCUGAGGUUGCACCAUGAGGACGUUCUGUUGUCUGGGUAACGGAGGCUGACGCUACAAAUGCGACCUGAGACUGAGCAGAAGUUGAAGCCACUCUGAAAUCUGUCUGUGUGUGCGCGUUUGGUGCAGAUCCCAUGCCGUUUUACGACGUACGCUAAUGUAUCUGGAUGUUUUGUUGCAAUACUGUAUGUGAGAGAUGAAAGUGGAAGAAAAAAUAUUUUGAAAAUGUAAAAGACAAUUCAUGGAGAAAGAUAAAGCGACCGGGGGAACUCGUAUCGUGUUACAUCUGUUAGGAUAAAAGUGUUUGGGUGAUCUAGUUUCUUUUUUUAGACACCAUUUGUGGUAUAUCCUGCCUCCUGCCUAAUAUCUGCCCUCACCUGCGACUGUUUGUUUGCUUCUGUGUUUUUUCUGCAUACCCCAUCUCUGUGUGCUCCCUCCCCACCUCCUGCUCCACCCUACAGCAACUGUAAAUGUAUUUAAAAGGUCAAGUAGAUGUACGCAGUUUUUCUCUUGUUGAUAUGACACCAAUUACAAUAAUUAAUGACAAUAAAAAGGAGAAAGAGUGA